UAGUUAGUCUGUCAGUUUGUCUAUCUGUAACCGGUACAGACGUACUGUUUGCCAAAUCUCUUUUUCAGAAAUAUAACAGACCUUUUCCUAAAUAAGCUGUUCGAAAGUUAUUUAAGUACAUGUUAGUGAGUUUACAGCUUAAAUCAUGACAACGAACCCAAGAAAAGGUACCGAUCCGGUGCCUAUGGAAGAAAGUGACCAGCUGACGAUAAGACCACUGGGUGCUGGUCAAGAAGUAGGCAGGUCCUGCAUUAUGCUGGAGUUUAAAGGGAAAAAGAUCAUGUUGGACUGUGGCAUACAUCCUGGUCUAUCAGGCAUGGAUGCAUUACCUUUUGUGGACCUGAUUGAAGCUGAUGAGGUGGAUUUACUUCUUAUAUCACAUUUUCACCUGGACCACAGCGGCGCUCUCCCCUGGUUCCUUACGAAGACAUCGUUCAAAGGCCGCGUGUUCAUGACGCAUGCCACCAAAGCCAUCUACAGGUGGCUGGUCUCUGAUUACAUUAAAGUCAGCAACAUAUCUACGGAACAAAUGCUGUACACGGAAUCCGAUCUGGAAGGUUCCAUGGACCGCAUAGAGACCAUCAACUUCCACGAGGAGAAGGACGUGCGCGGCGUGCGCUUCUGGGCGUACAACGCAGGACACGUGCUCGGGGCCGCCAUGUUCAUGAUAGAGAUAGCUGGAGUCAAGAUAUUGUACACCGGGGACUUCUCCAGGCAAGAGGACAGGCAUUUGAUGGCAGCCGAGAUACCCACCGUGCACCCUGAUGUUUUGAUCACGGAGUCCACGUACGGCACGCACAUCCACGAGAAGCGCGAGGAGCGCGAGAGCCGCUUCACGGGGCUGGUGAGCGAGAUCGUGCAGCGCGGCGGCCGCUGCCUCAUACCCGUGUUCGCGCUCGGCCGCGCGCAGGAGCUGCUGCUCAUACUGGACGAGUACUGGUCGCUUCACCCGGAGCUGCAGGACAUCCCCAUCUACUACGCGUCGUCGCUCGCCAAGAAGUGCAUGGCGGUGUACCAGACCUACGUGAACGCCAUGAACGACAGGAUCCGCCGACAGAUCGCCAUUAACAACCCCUUCGUCUUCAGACAUAUCUCCAACUUGAAGGGUAUAGAUCACUUCGAGGACAUCGGCCCCUGCGUGAUCAUGGCGUCCCCCGGUAUGAUGCAGUCGGGGCUCUCCCGGGAACUGUUCGAGUCCUGGUGCACCGACCCCAAGAAUGGAGUCAUUAUUGCGGGUUACUGCGUGGAAGGCACGCUGGCUAAGACGAUCCUGUCGGAGCCCGAGGAGAUCACGUCCAUGUCGGGGCAGAAGCUGCCGCUCAAGAUGUCCGUGGACUACAUCUCGUUCUCAGCUCACACCGACUACCAGCAGACGUCAGAGUUCAUCAAUAUACUGAAGCCGCCGCAUGUGGUGUUGGUCCACGGCGAGCAGAACGAGAUGUCGCGCCUGAAGGCGGCCCUGCAGCGCGAGCACCGCGGCCGCCUGCAGAUACACACGCCGCGGAACACGCAGCAGCUCGCACUCACCUUCCGCGGGGACAAGACCGCCAAGGUAAUGGGCACCCUGGCGAUGGAGAAGCCGGAGCCCGGCAAGCAGCUGCAGGGCAUCCUGGUCAAGAGGAACUUCAACUACCACAUACUGGCACCUUCCGAUCUGAACAAAUACACGGAGCUGAGCCAGUCGGAGGUGAGCCAGCGUCAGUCCAUCCACUACAGCGGCUCGGUGGGGCUGCUGCGACACGUGGUCAUGCAGCUGGCCGGCAGCAUCGACUUCCUCAGCGAGACCCGCUGGAGGGUCUACGGCUGCGUCGACCUCACCGUCGAGAACAACAUGAUCACGCUAGAGUGGGCGGCCCAGCCGGUGUCGGACAUGUACGCGGACGCGCUGGUGGCGGCCAUCCUGGCGGCCUCCGCCCUCCCCGCGCCCCGACACCUGCCGCUCGCGCCCAAACUGGACCGCAUGCACUUCAAGGAAUGCGUGAUCGAGAUGCUGCAGGAGAUGUUCGGCGAGGAUUCUGUGCCCAAGAUGUUCAAGGGUGACAAGUUGUACGUCACUGUGGACGACAAGCGAGCGGACAUCGACCUGCUCAGUAUGGAGGUCCGCUGCCCGGACGCGUGCGUGGAGCGCGCGGUGCAGUCCGCCGUCAGCAAGCUGUACGCCGCGCUCGCGCCCGUGCGGGCCCCGCCGCCGCCCGACUGCUGACACACGCCGUGACACGCCUGCUGCGGCCGGGACUGGGGCUACUACCGCUCUGUUCCACACUCAUUGACCCAUAGAUAGCAAGUUAUUCGGUUCAGCUUUACUUUUCAAUAUGUAGACAAUUUGCGUGCACAUUAAAAAAUAAAACCCCGGUCAAUUAAAAAUAUCGCUUCUGAAUGUCGUAAGAAAUAACACUUUUCAAGAAAUCUUUAAUUUUUCUUAAGAUGUGUAUGGGAAAACCGAAACUAUUUGUAAUGAAAUAUGACGUUCAGUUUCAUAUACAGGAGAUGUAUUGAAUAAUUAUAUAUUCCAAGUCUAUUAUUAAAAAUAUUAAUACUUAUAGAAAACAAACUAGAUAAAACGUAAUUAAAUAUUAAAAAAUCCAAAAUACAUGAUAUAUUGUAAAAAAAGCUUAAAAUGUUGCUUUUCUAAACUCAAUAGCAUUACUGGGUCUCGUGUAGAAAAAUAUUUUGUUUUAGUCAAUAAUGGGUAUAGAAUUCAUUCACAAUCAGAGCAAAGCGAGCACUGCGUAAAUCCGACAAUAGUAUUUGUUAAUUAUAAGUUGAAAUAAAGUACAUGUUGGACGGUUUUGAUGAUUUUUACUGGAAAGAAACUAGGCGGGCUGGUGCCUGUCGACUAUUGUGAUAAGACUUAUUAGUUAAGACUAUCGAGGCGAGUGACAGCGCGAGGUAUGGACGGAGGUGUGAUUUAGGGUUAACUCAAUGUGAAAUAAAGAUAUUAUUUUUAAAA